AUGACGAGCAACAGGCCAUUCAUGGCCAACUUCUUCGCCGCCUUCAGGGCACAAUCAGUCAUACAAAAGACGGCAACGUCCAGUACCAACGCUUCUGCAAAUGUCUCAGCAUCCACAUACACUCACGCAGCCUCACUACACACGUCAUCGAACUCUCCCUCUCCAAACGCAUCCUCAAACCCACGACCGAUACAUGGCAAGAAUGGUAACCAAAGUUCGGGCGCCACAACCGCAGCCGUACAAGCGGCAGGUCAGUUCCGACCAACAAGAGAACACGGCCCUUCUCCAUAUUCACCAACAUCAAAUUCGCCAGCAUCUACGGGUUUCCCACUCAAGAGCUCAGCAAACAAACCACGGCGAGGAUCGGAUAGCUCCUCUGAGGGUUUCCGGGAGACGAUGGGGGCAGACAAAUGGUACAUAGGUGGACGAACGGCCAACGGAGAAGAGAAAUUCUAUCGUUUGGGGAUGGUCAAGAAAAACAGGAGCAUAGACCGGCUAAGCAUUGACAGGCUGAGCAUAUGA